AUAAGAAAGAAGUUUUUGUGUAAGGCCUAUCGAAUAGACGGCGAUAGGUCCGUCAGCUGUUAUUGCGAUAGCAAAACAGAAGGAAAAAACAAAAACGAAGCGGAAAGAGAGGAUGAGCUCACUGCAGACAUCAGAAUAACCAUGGCCCACACCUGCGCGUCUGACUACGAUAGCUUUGUGGUCUACGACUGCGACAUCGGCACGGACGAUGCCUGGGGCCUGGCAAUGCUUCUGCGCGCAGAGGGCCUCCGCAUCGCUGGGAGGAAGAGCUUCAAGGUGGCAGCCGUCACCUGUGUCCAGGGCAACACCAGUGUAGAAAAUGGCACAUUGAACGCCUUCCGAGUGCUCUCCACAUUGGAAAGGCUGGAUGUGCCCGUCUUUGAGGGAUGCGCCGAUCCGAUUGUGCCACGCACUUGGGUAAUUAAAUCCCACUUCCAUGGCCUGGAUGGCCUCAGCGAUGUGGGCGACUAUCCAACCGUGAAUGCCGACGAUCUACGGUCGGAGGAGCAUGCGGUGAAUGCCAUGUAUCGCCUGGCCUGCCAGCACCCGGGAAAAGUGGACUUUCUGCUGUGUGGCCCACUCACAAACUUCGCCUGCUGCAUUAAUUUAUAUGGCGAUAAGUUUCUGGACAAGCUGGGCGGCGUCUAUAUCAUGGGCGGCAACAUCCUGGGCAAGGGAAACGUCACCAAAAGCGCGGAGUUCAACUUCAUGAUGGACCAGGAGGCAGCGCACAUAGUCCUCGAGCGUCUGAAGCAACCCGCUUUGAUCUUGCCAUGGGAGCCCUGCAUCGAUGGCGAAUUCGGAUUGACUCUGAACUGGCGGCUCAAUGUCCUGGGCGCGGUCAAGCAUCCGUUUGUUGAGCUCCUCACCCGCGUGGAGAGAGCCAUGCUGGUGCCGCGAGGCUUCGAGAAGUGGGUCAGCUGCGAUGCCCUGCUCACGGCCGCCUAUCUCUUCCCUCAGCAGAUGAUCGCCGAUGAACGCGAGUACUAUGCCACCGUGGAGCUGUGCGGCGUCCAUACUCGGGGUCAAAUGGUGCUAGAUCAUCUGAGGGGCAGAUAUGUUGAUGCCAUCCAUGGCAAGACGAAGAAUGUUCGCGUGAUCCGGCGCCUCAAUGCAGAGCCCUUCCGCACAAUCAUUUCCUAUACGGGUUUCCUGCCCCAAGCGGACAUUGAUAUGGAAAAAUUGUGUAGAGAUGAGCAGCAGCAAUCCUAGAAAGGGAAUCCCCGUCCAAAGACAAAACUCGUGAAAUAAUUAACUACCAAAGAGUUUUGAAUCCUUGUUUUGAAUCUAUGUGUGUAUGUUUGCAUCAGUAAAUAAAUUGAUGCGGAAAGCUGAAAAAGAAUCAGGUCAAGGAAAUAAUAAAGCAUGGCAGAGGAAGCCUGAAGGUGUAGGGCUGCUACACUUGGUGGAGUUUUCUCCAAAUGGUUAAAAUCGAUAGAAUAAUGAAGAAAGAAAAUUAUCUUUAUAUUUUGGGAACCAAUUUGUCAAAUUUGAUAGAAAAUGUGUCUACCCCAUAUCCGAGAUCAAUUUCUAGCAAGACGGUAACCCGUUGCACACGGCUAAAUUCGUAAAAAUCGUCCCAACAAUUCGAGUUUUCACUUAAUCCUGUGGCCUGCUCAAUAGCCCAGAUCUAAAUACCAUUGAAAAUCGUUGGGCUCUGCUUGAAAAAAAUUGGAAAAGUACGAGUCUACACCAAAGGGAUUGGAUGAGCCUUUGGGUGCGCGUGUAGUCGGAGUGGCACAUGAUACCUUGCAGGCACCUACUAAAUUUAGUCGGGAGUAUGCCCAAACUUAUUCGGAAUGUGAUAAAAGCUAAGGCCCUUUGGAACAAA